UUGUACUGAACAGAUUUUGGCUACUUCAAUAACCUUUUCCAACCAAUGAAUUUGCAGUGACGUCAUUUUUCACGUGACUCAUUUUCACAAGAUAAAGACGGAACAAGUUUGCCUUUAUCAUCAAUUUCUACACAUUGCAGCUCGCUGAUACAUUGAAUGAGACGAAAGCAUCUGGAAAAAAAAAUGGCGGAAGAACAAUUUUUGACUCGAGUGACCACGUACCCAGUUGUAAACUCAGCUCUGGGUCAGCUGACCAAUGCCUACGAGGCAACUAAAAACAGCAACAGCCUGGUUAAGUCCACUCUAGAGAUGGCGGAGACUGGAGUGAAGGGAGUUGCCCAACAUACUUUACCCAUCGUCAACAAGUUUGAGCCCCAAGUGAGUAAACUGAAUUCUCUUGGAAUGACAUCCUUGAACAAGCUAGAAGAAAGCUUCCCUGUUGUCAAGUCACCCACUGAGGAGGUGAUUAAUAACACAAAGGAAUUGUAUGAGACACGUGUCAAACCUACUGUGGACUACGUAGCAACCCCAGUAACAUACAGUGUGGAGAAGGUGCAGAACCUGACAAGCUACAGCACUGAGAAGAUUAAUGAUGUCAAGGAAUACAGUGCACAGAAAGUAAAGGAGAUCAAGGAUUUCACCAACAACAAGGUACAGGACUCGAAGCAGCUUGGGACUGACACGUUGAAUGGUGUGAAGACCUAUACAACUGAAAAGGUGACUAAUGCUUUGAAAACUCCAUAUGGCCAAACAGUCCUUACAGGGGUGGAUACCUUGUUGGGCACAGCAGAGGGUUAUGUGGAGAAGUACCUGCCUGAUGAUGAACCUAAAAAUGAAGGUGAUGAAACAAGCCGAAUGGAAGUUGUCCCGGGAAAGGAAGAUGUCAACCAGUUGACCAGAGCGGCAUCUUUAACAGGGAAAGUGCGUCGUAGACUCUACAACAAAGCUAUGUCCGAUUUGGCAAACAUUCAGAAGCGAAGUAAAGACACUUUGAACAGAUUGAACUUUACUGUGGACUUGAUCCAGUAUGCCCAGAGUAACUUGGAUAGUGCAAAGGACAAGGCAUCUUACUACUGGAAUGAGAUCUCCAAGGUAGAAGAGGAAGCAAAGGUUUUGGAGGCGAAAGAUAAGAGUGUGGAGGCGGCUGAGGGAGAAGAUGUUGAAAUCUACGAAGUGGAGCCUAAAAUGACAAUGGAGCGAAGAGGGAUUCUGCUAGCUCGUAGCUUGGCUAUGCAGCUUAGAAGGGGUCUCAAUAUGACAAAGGACUCGUACAAAAUGCUGCCAGGCAGUGUGCAAGAGAGACUUAGUAAUGCGCAGGGAUUCUCAAAGGCUGUAUAUUCCACACUCACUGAUACUAAACGCAUGCGGGAGAUCCCCACCCAGGCUAUGGACCAAGUGAGAGUUGAGCUGGAAUAUAUUCAGGAAACAGUUUCGUAUUUGGCAGAGGUGGCUCUGACCAGUAAAGCAGCAGAAAUGGUGGGUUUAAAGAAGAAGGCACGCAUGACUGAGAAUGUCGAAGAAGCAGAAGAUGGGGAAGGUGAUGAGAAUGACUAUAACUCGGAAGAAGAUGAGGGCCAUGACCCAGAGAUGGAUGACAUCAUAGAGCAUGUUCCCAUGGAAACAACAAAAUCUGCAUAUGGAAAAACAGUUGAAUUUAGUGGAAAUGAAGAGGAGGCAGUAGGCCAGGAAUCUACAAAUUAAUCAACAAACUUAUUCUUAUUUAAUAAGAAAUAUAAAGAAGACAAUGAAGUCUUAUCAGUUUAUUCACACUCUUAUAUGGACAACAUUUAAAACAGCUUUGCACAUAAUAUUUUCCUAAUAAAAAAUUGAUAGCUUCUAUAUGGACCUCUUCAGGGUGACCUGUAAAGUAUAUA